CUGCCGCACGUUGUGCCCUAAUCAGAUUGGGCCGAUUAGCGCAUUGCGACACCCUGAGCCACCCAGGGCAGGGGCUAUAAAGGUGGCUCCCUCGGCCCCAGCUGGGCGUGAGCCGGCCGGCCGAUCCCCCAGCCAUGAGCGGCAUCGCAGCCGUCGGGGAGAGCUACCAGAAGUUCAACCCCAGAGCCUACCUGCAAAACAACUACAUGCCGCCCCGGGCCGACUUCAGCUCCGAGGACUGCGUGGUGCCCUGGAAGCUGCGCUGCCUGGCCGAGGCCUUCGCCACAGGUGACAUCCACGGCCGCACCCUGCUCGACAUCGGCUCCGGCCCCACCAUCUACCAGCUCCUGAGCGCCUGCGACCACUUCGAGGAGAUCAUUGCCACCGACUACCUGGAGGUGAACCGGGAGGUGCUGCGCCGGUGGGUGCAGGACGAGCCUGACAGCUUCGACUGGAGCCCGUACAUCAAACACGUCUGCCGGAUUGAGGGCAAAGGGGAGCAGUGGAAGGAGAAAGAGCAGAAGCUGAGAAGGAAACUGAGGCAGAUCCUGCCCAUCGACGUCCACCAGCCCGAGCCGCUGGGCUCCCAGUUGUGCCAGCCGGCCGACGCCCUGGUCUCCACCUUCUGCCUGGAAGCGGUGAGCCCCGACCGGCCGAGCUUCGAGAGAGCCCUGCGUAACGUCACCACCUUGCUGCAGCCCGGCGGCCACUUCCUCUUCAUUGGCGCCCUGGAGGAGACUUUCUACCUGGCUGGCGAGGCCAAGCUCUCAGUGGUGCCGGUGAGCGAGGCCGACGUCAGGGAGGCCUUGAGCAAGAGCGGCUACCACAUCCACGACUUCCGCUCCUACCUCAUGCCGCCCGGCCUGAAAAUCGGCGUGGAUGACGUGAGUGGGGUCUUCUUUGUCCACGCACAGAAGAAGCCCGUGGCCUGAGGCCCGUGGCAAGGAAGGCAGGCCUGGGCAAUCCUCUUGUUCUUUGCUAAGAUGCACGUCCCACAGCAGAGUGAAGCUUGGCAGCUAGAAAUGCAAUAGAUGCUGCGUGAUUCUCCUUAUCUGCCUAGGAUGGAUGCAUCUCAAGUUAACACCCCCUCCACCAGAGCUCUUCUCCUUUGCAUGUGGUAGCUGAUUUAGCAGUGAAGGGGUUAAAUAAAACUGGAGGCAGGUGGAUUAGCUGGUUCUCUGAGGGUCUCUUCAUUCAUAAAUUCUAGGCUUCUAUUAAUGGCAGGUCCUGUUCCCCUGUGUCCAUGUAGGGCCAAGCGGGGUGUGAGCAGCUACUGGAGCAUCAGGCAGGGCUGGCUUGCUGCAGCACCCAGGUUCUCCUUGUGCCGUACAAACAGAGUGAAAUCCUACCUGGGGGAUGCAUUUCUAGAGCCCCUCCCUAUCGGCUCUGGGUGCUUUUACAGCACUUUGGGGGGUUCAAAAUGCUUACAUCCUUCAAUCAAUCUGCAUACCAGCCUGUGAAGCAGCUCUGCCUUACCACCCUUGUUUUAUAAACAGGGAAACUGAGUCACAGAAACUAAGUAGGGGUGAGUUAGAGAGCGAGAGCUGGGAUUAGAACUCAGCCAAUUCCUGAUCCUGCACUCAAUGCACUAGUUCUCUCUCUCUCUCCACGUGACAUGCAGCCACCUCUGGGGCAGAAUUCACCAGCUGCUAAAAGGCAGACAGUACCAUUCCACAAGAGUUUAGAACAGGUAAUGAAAAACCGCCUCCCACUCCCUCUGAAAGUGAAAGGGAAGUAGGAGGCAGGCAGAAUAUAAAUGACCCAAUCUGGAAUUUCACUGUAGAGGGAGAAGACAAAACUAGCCGAGGUAGAAUUUCAGCAGGAUUCCAACUUCAGAAUUAGCACAAUUUAGUUUUGGUACCAAUCCCAUCUGCUGAAGAAUUUUAGUGGGAACCCCAGAUAAUUUAGGCCCAACAGAUAGAAUUUUACUGUAUGUUUAAAAAAAACCUUCCAGAGAACCUAAUAAUGCCGAGAUGUUUUCAUGAUUUCCACGGCACUUUAUCUAGAUAGUUAUUGGGUGGCUAUAGAUACGUAUUCCAUGCUGUCCUCUGAGAGCUACACACACUGCCUUUGUUUUACUGCAUGAGAAUCCAUUGAAAAUAAAAGCUAUAAAAAUCAAGGCAAACAGGCUGUCUAGAUUCACUCUGAGCUGGGGAAGUGUAAACGUUAAGCAAACAGCCUACAAAGCAGAUGCGAGUCUCUAUUUAAGGAAUCCCAACGUGGUUAAUAGUUCAGCUGACGACUUUAAUAAACAGAGGAUGUUGAAUUUGGAACCAACCCUUUAAAGAAAUGUUUUUUGGGGAAAAAAAUAGGUCUUUCCCCAAGGUGGGGGGCACAGUAACCCCACAUUGACCCUCUCUAGUUAACUCUCUCUAGUAAAAAAUGGUUUGGAAGCCAAG